UAAUCCAACCCAGCCCAAUACAAUACAAUCAUUCUGACUUAUGAGGAUUUUCAUUUCUUAGCUCAUCAAUAACACAGUUACACAGCCAGCUUAAACCCUGAAAUACUUCAUCCACAAAAACAACCAUGGCUUGGCGCUGCGGAUCCUUACCGAGAUCUCUAAUCUCCACCGCCAGAUCUUCAUCAAUCCGUCGUACCACCACCGCUCGCAUCCGUCCUCAGACACCACCACUUUCCGGCCACCGCCUCCGUCCUGGCCCCACACCUUCCAUCCCUAGUUUCCGGACUAUUGGAGGUGUAAUUGGAUGCACUCAAUCAAUGCUGCCUUUGCAUAGUGUGGUGGCUGCUACUCGUUUGACGUCUCACGUCGCGGUCGAGGCGCGCGCCUGUUGCGAGCUUUCUCAGGGUACUUAAUGUAAAUUGUGGAUCUUAUGUGUAAUGUGAGGUUCAAAAGUUUCGAGGGAGACUUCAUUAUAGAAGUGACAGACACGAGUUCCAAUCUCUUCAGCUGCUAUAGAUUGCGAGCCAGCUUGCCUUUCUUAGAUUAUUAAGUUUUAUUUAUAUUCAUAAAAUCAUGUAUCCUUACUUUCGUAUUAUAGGGCUGAUUCAUCACGACUUACUCUGUGCUUUUGCAAGGUAGAUGUGCACAUACUGUGUUUUUUGUACUUGCAUUAGGUCUAGCUCCUGGUAGUAACAAAACAAUUGCAAUAACAUAUAACAAUUUAAAAUGCAUUUAUUGCAAUUAUGUUUUAGACACUUCGUGUCUUUUUGUU